GCAUUAUCAUGUCGAAGCUGUACCUACUUCCAAUCAGUGUGUUUUUGCUGUUCAACUUCACCUUCAUCGGCACGUAUAUUGCUGCCGUACUGCAGGGUCAUGUUGUACCGACCGUACCGUACAUUAGCGAUGCGGCCACCUACUCACCCGAAAGCUGCGUAUUUGGACAGUUCAUCAAUAUUGGAUGUGUGCUGCUCGGCAUCACAAUCUACGUCCGCUACCGACAGAUACAGGAACUAUCCUACCGCCACAGUGACGUCCGGCAGGCACUGGGUCGGUGCAGUGAUGUCGCCUUCUGGAUUGGCAUCGGUUCCUGCUUAGGGAUCAGCAUCGUCGGUAAUUUCCAGGAAACGAACGUACGCAUCGUACAUUAUGUCGGUGCAUUUCUGAGCUUCGGGCUCGGUACGGUAUACUUCUGGAUACAGUCGUACAUCUCCUACUACAUUCAACCGUACAUGGGCUCGAUGCAGAAAGCGAACCUCCGCAUGGCCCUUUCGGUGAUUUGUACCAUCUUCUUCAUGAUUGUCGCCGUGACGGGCGUUAUCUCACAUAUCCUCUUCCGCGGUACGGAUCCACGCAAAUGGUACCCGUCGGACGGUGGCUGGGAGUAUCACGUGGCCAGCUCAAUCUCGGAAUGGAUCGUAGCGACCGCAUUCUGCUUCUACGUGCUCACAUUUACGGACGAGUUUCGUACGAUGCAGUUCGAUCAUCCACCGCUCAUACUGCUGGAAAUCGAUUCAUCGCGAACGUACGAACCGGUGAUUAGUGAUGCACCGGUUGCCGUUAUCUCGUGAUUUGAAUCGCUACACGAC